AUGCUUUGUUUCUUACCAUUUCUCAGUCUUUCCUAUAAUGUUUCAUUAUUUGGAUAUCAUGGCAUCAAUACAGUUCAAGUACAAGAAAUUGAUGGAUAUGAAGUCCUUGAAGUUCUUAAACAUAAACCAUCCGGCAUUAAAAACAUCCGCGAUGCAGGAUACUCUUCACCUAAAAUUGCUAAUGAUAACGAUUAUGGAUGGCCAGGUCACACAAUGAAAGCUACAAAGGCCCAAAUUUCAAGCGAACUCGAAAAAAUGAAAGCACAAUUUUGCAAAGCAUCAUCAGAUUUAACGCAAGGUCAACUGUAUUACCACCCUGCUGGAAUUAAGCAAUUUAUUCAAAAUGACACUUAUAUUGCCGAAAUUCAAAGAGCUGACAGAAUAAAGUUGAGAAUGUUCAUCAACGAUCGCUAUGACAUUUAUCAUUCAACAACUUUAUACGCAAUGCCAGGUGAAUUAAUUACUUUUGAAAUACCUGAAUUUGCCGUUGGUAAACUUAAUCUCGUUUUGAACAGACAAGCACCAUCUAAUGGCGAUCUCACUCAGAGGUAUCCAAAUCUUCAGUGUUCAUUCACUCUUAAUGCUAAAAAAGUCACUUUUGGCUAUCCGUUGGGUGGCUACAUGGAUAUCAAAUGCUGGAUUGAUACAUUCCCACUUCAUAGUGUUGAAAUCAACAUUACAGGUGGUAUUAGAAUUCCAUAUUUCCGCUAUGGUGCGGAAUCAGAUCAAGAUUGGGAAGAAGAAACAAGAAACUAUGUAGCACCACUUACAUUCUACGAUACAGGUAAUGUCAAGUGCAUCUUCCCAUCCACAUUCAGCCGCAACCAAAUCAGAAUGAGUGAUGCAGGUGCAUUCUGGCGUACUGUCGGCCGUGUAAUGUAUUCUGUCAACGAAGUCACAAACUACGAUAGGCGUAAGGAUGGCAGAAUUAAAACAGCUAUGUGGUUCAACUUCGAUUCUUAUGUUCCAGCCGGUGCAGCUGUUGCUUUUGUCGGUGCAAACUUCAUCCAAGCACCAUUCAGCUGGUCAACAGCUAUGAUCAACUACGAAGGAGCCAAAUGGGGCUGCUGGGGUAACGUCCACGAGUAUGGCCACCACUUCCAAAGCGGAUGGGGUAUCUCUGGUACAGGCGAAACAACAAACAACGUCAUCAAUUUCAUCACAUAUGCCAUGCUUACAGAAAUUGAUGCAACAAGACAGAUCACAUUAGGUGGCGCUUCCUUCAACGCCGCUAAUGGCUGGGCAUAUAUUACUCACGAGUUCGGAAACAUGGAUGCUACUAAAGAUUAUGCAGGCCCAUUCUUCUGGUAUGGAAACAACGCAUAUUUCUUCGGUCUCGAUGCCUGGAGAAAGUGUUUGAGAGCACACACGCACCAGAUAUACUACAAACGCAGUGAUUAUGGCACUUAUACAUCAGAAUUCCUUAUGCACUGUGCCAAGUUCUUCCAUAGAGAUUUACGUGCAUAUUUCAAGACAUUUGAAUUCCCUGAAGCAUCACAGAUCUCUGAUAGAUGCAAUAAUGAAUUAAGCCAAAUGAAACUAAAGGAAUUCCAUCCAGUUACAAUGAUCUGGUGCAGUGGAUAUCAAUUGGAGGAUAAUUACAGCUUCACAACACACAAACCAUUCCGUAUUCCAGCCCGUAGUGUGUAUUACUUUGAUUUCACAAAGAACAUCAAGUCUAGAGCCAAAAUGCAUGCAUUUGAGUUCGAUGAUAUUUCGAAAGCAGAGUAUGGAGAGCUCAAAAAACUCACCACUGGCAAAUACAAGUACACACCUCCAGAUAACACAUCAAUGAUUGAUAUGUUCAAUGUUACACUUAAAGAUAAAGUAAAUGGAGAGAAAACAAUUUGCAUCAUCACUUUGGAACAGAGAUUCAAAGGCUGUAGGAUGAACUACAUGAGUCUCAAAUCAUAUGGUGCUACAAAGACAACAACACCAAAAGAAGCUUAUAAGAUCUACAACAAACAGCUAGAAACAGAGUUACCAACUUCAUUGAUCGGAUGGGGAAUGGUCGUCAACAAUUAUGGAUCUGAUAAAGCAGCUGUUCCAUGGAUUUGUGUCACAGAAGGUGUCUUUGUUCCAGAGAACUCAACCAAGUACAGAUUCAUCUUCCAACACGAUGAAGGAAUGUUGUUCUACAUCACCGAUUCUACACUUUCUGGCGAUCCAGAUUCAGACGAGAAGUAUCUCUACUAUUCAAGUGAUAAAUCUGAAGCCGCAAACGCUAAACAAGAUACUAAAUCAAUUUCCCUUAAGGAAGGAACUAAAUACAACUUCAGAUUCAUUGUUUACAACACAGAUAACGCUGGAUCUGGCCAAGUCAAGUAUUCAAUGGAUGGUUCAUCAGAAUUCAAGAACGUUGAUGGAAACAGAGUUUGGUUCCCUGGUUGUGGUCCUGAUGAUGUUGACCACAUCUUCAAGCCAAAGCUUGAGAACGAUCCAACACUCGGUCACUACUAUGAUACUGUUCAUCGCGAGUAUGCAACUGAUAAAUUCACUGUUAAGUCCGCUCCAAAGCCAGAUGACUCUUCUAUUUCAAUGGACAAGAUCUUAUUCGAUAAGGAUAUCAAACAAAAUGCUUUAUGCACUGUAAGUGACUUUCCAGUUACAUACAAGGUCGACUUUGGCUCAGAUAUCAUCAUCGACAGAGUUCUUGCAACAUCAAUGGAAGGCAAGCCAAUGGAUUCAACAGCAGAUAUCAAGUGCGAUGGUACAAAAGUUGGAACAUUUAACUUGACAACUAAGGAUAACAAGAUGUUCUUUGAUAAUACAUACAAGUGCAGAACUCUUGAACUUAUUGUCAAUGACAAUAAGAAUGGUAAAUAUGUAUCAAUCAACGAAAUUGAACCACAUCUUGAUGUUAUCUCCAAUUCUAGACAAAUUAUCCCUGCAACACACAUCGACAUCGAGUUGAGCAGUGAAAAGAAGUGCAAGAUUGUCAAGAACGGCUUGUAUUACAACGGAAAAGGCCUCCAACUUGACAAAGGCUGCAAGUUAACAUUCAAUGUCAAACUUAAUGAUACAGGAGAUUCCAUUGGUGUCCUCGGAGAUAGAACAAUCUAUGGCGGUGUCUUCGAGUUCUCUGUUGGUGGAGACUACAGAGGAACAGUUGACACAAGAGAAAUCCUUAAUUCUGAAAAGCAGUUUCUGCCUGGAUAUUCUAUCUACCAGCAGCCACUUGUUGGUGUAAGAGGCCUUAAGAAUGGAACUGACUAUGAGGUUCAGAUCAAAGUCACAGAAGGAUCAGUAAGAAUCGCUGGUUUCCUUGCUGAUAUGACACUUCAUGAAGUAUUCGAGAACUAUGAUGAUGGAAACGCUUAUUAUAGAUCUGCAAGAUUCAUCAUUCCUAUGAUUAUUGCUUCUAUAUUCAUAGCUCUUGUCCUUGUAAUUAUAGUUGCUAUCAUUGUUCUCAAAUGUAAGAAGGCAGGCGCAGAAGUCUUCACUUAA